GAUGGCAUAGUCAAUCCAACAAUAAGAAAAGAUUUGAAGACUGUACCGAAAUUCUACUGUUGUCCAAUUGAAGGAUGUCCUAGGGGCCCUGACAGACCAUUUUCUCAAUUUUCUCUCGUAAAACAGCACUUCAUGAAAAUGCACGCUGAGAAGAAGCAUAAGUGCAGCAAGUGCAGCAACUCGUACGGCACGGAGUGGGACCUGCGGAGGCACGCAGAGGACUGCGGCAAGACCUUCCAGUGCACGUGUGGCUGUCCCUAUGCCAGCAGGACGGCACUGCAGUCUCACAUCUACCGAACGGGCCACGAGAUCCCCGCAGAGCAUAGGGAUCCACCUAGUAAAAAAAGGAAAAUGGAAAACUGCCUGCAAAACCAGAAGUUAUCUAGUAAGACCAUUGAAUCAUUGAGCCACCAGCCAGCCCCUAGAGCAGAUACCCAAGAGCUGGGAACUUCAGAAAUCAAGCUAGUAGCUUCUUUUGAAGACUCUUGCGGCUCUAAUGUCAGAAAGCCAACUCAUACAACACCUCCAAGAUACCCUCAAAAGUUGCUUUUACCAAAGCCCAAAGUGGCUCUGGUUAAGCUACCCAUUAUGCAGUUUUCUCCGGUGCCUGUCUUUGUGCCUACAGCUGACUCCCCGGCCCAGCCUGUGGUGCUAGGUGUUGAUCAGGGCUCUGCCACAGGUGCCCUGCACUUACUGCCCCUGUCAGUAGGAACCUUGAUCCUCGGCCUAGACUCCGAGGCUUGCCCCCCUAAGGAGAGCCUUUCUCUCUCAAAAAUUAUAAACCCUGUUGCUGUGGAGCCAGUCAGCACAGGUGUUCAAGUGAACUUGGGUAAAACUCCAUCUCAUCCUUUACCAGAAAUCGGAAACACAUGUCAGAAGAACAGCAUUUCUUCCAUCAACGUGCAGACAGAUCUGUCUUACGCCUCUCAGAACUUUACCCCUUCUGUGCCGUGGGCUGGCUCCGAUUCCUCUGUGUCGUCUUGUUCUCAGACCGAUCUGUCAUUUGACUCUCAAGUGUCCCUCCCCAUUAGUGUACACACCCAGACGUUUUUGCCCAGCUCCAAGGUAACUUCAUCCAUAGCUGCUCAGACUGAUGUAUUUGUAGCCCCUUGUUUCCAGUCAGGUGGAAUCUCCAGAGAAACACAGACCACUGGGAUGCAAUGUCUAACAGACGGCCACACCCAGAUGGACCAGGCCGGGGUGUGUGGUGACAUUUUUGAGAGUGUCCAUUCAUCAUAUAGUGUUCCCACAGAGAAUAUUAUAGGCAACAGUUUGGUAGAAGAGACGGUAACUCAUGGUUUGUUAUCUCCAAACGACCCUAAGACGUUACAUCAAGACAUUGAAAAAUCUGCACCAAUUAUAAAUUUCAGUGCGCCAAAUAGCAUGCUUCCUUCACAGAACAUGACAGAUAAUCAGACCCAAACCAUAGAUUUACUGAGCGAUUUAGAAAACAUUUUGUCAAGUAAUCUGCCUGGUCAGACAUUAGAUAAUCGUAGUCUUUUAUCUGACACAAAUCCUGGACCUGACACCCAGCUCCCAUCUGGCCCAGCCCAGAAUCCUGGAAUAGAUUUUGAUAUUGAAGAGUUCUUUUCAGCCUCAAAUAUCCAGACUCAAACUGAAGAGAGUGAACUUAGCACCAUGAACACUGAGCCUGUCUUAGAAUCACUGGACAUAGAGACUCAAACUGACUUUCUCCUUGCAGACACCUCUGCUCAGUCCUAUGGGUGUCGGGGAAAUUCGAACUUUUUAGGUCUUGAGAUGUUUGACACGCAGACACAGACAGACUUAAACUUCUUUUUGGACAGUAGCCCUCAUCUGCCUCUGGGGAGUAUCCUGAAACACUCCAGCUUCUCAAUGAGUACUGACUCAUCUGACACAGAGACCCAAACCGAUGGAAUCACUGCUGCUAAAAACAUACCUGCUCUGGAAAGCAAAGUUCAGCUCAACAGUACAGAAACACAGACCAUGAGUUCUGGCUUUGAAACCCUGGGGAGCUUGUUCUUCACCAGCAAUGAAACUCAAACAGCAAUGGAUGACUUUCUACUGGCCGACCUGGCCUGGAACACGAUGGAGUCUCAGUUCAGCUCUGUAGAAACCCAGACCUGUGCUGAACUGCACGCGGUAUCCAACUUCUAAAAGCUGAGUCUGUGUGGGGCAGCAUUUACAUUUCCUUCUGGAUUUAGAAAAUGGGGAGCAGAGACAACAGUAUUAAUUGAAUGUAGUUGAUGAUGCGGUUACUUAGAUUCUUCUUGGUUCUUUGCCUUUUGUACUUGUAAACAGGAAACUUGUGUAUAAAUGUAAACGUACUAUAAAGUAUCAGAUGUUGACCUGAAAAUACUGUUUUGGUGUUGCCUACAUUUGCCCUUUCACAACUAGUCUUUCUGUCUUUAAAAAACAGCUGUGAAACCUGUAUAGCCAUUUAGCUGAAGCCAGGCCUACCAAAAACUAGUGUACAAGCCUUUCAAAUAUCCAAAACAUUUUAGCUGAAGUGUAACAUACUUAAAUUGCCCCUAAAAUAUGUUUGAUAGUGCGUGUUAGAAAUUCCUCUUUCCUGCUGCCACCAUCAGAUUUCAACAGUAGUGUUUCUGUGGCUUGAGACUCCUCCUGCCUGCAGCUUAAUCCGCUCUGACGUCUCUUCUGAUUCAAAGACGCUAAGGACAACUACAGCUAUCUUUAACUUUUAAAGCAGUUUGCAUGUGUGCUCCAUGCCAUCCCUUCCCUAUGUGAGCUGUUGAUACCAGCAUUAGUGGACAGCACUUUCCUCAUGAGGGGUUUGUUGUAAAAUUACUGCCUAAAGAAAGCAUUUAGUAUAGUGAUCCUUCUAAAUGAGUAAGUCACCCAGACUCUGGGUGCAUGGGGUGUAGAAUCCUGCCUCUGAGCUCAUCCUGGUGUGGCCCAUGCUCUCAACGGCAGGCCAGAGCGGGCUCCAGAGCUGCUUCCCAAAGUGCACCCAUAGGCUGAAGUGAGUCUUGCCACUCUAAUGUUCAAAGAGAAGAAAAACUGGAAAGAGAAAAGGACACCUCCCUCACCCCUAGAUUUCGACUAAGCUUGACAGGGCAAGAGUGCAAUCGACAGUUACUUUCUGGUGACUACUCCAUUCAUCACCUCUUGCUUGAAUAAGGAAAGACAUUGGCCUAGCGAGGAUUAUCUGCCUCAAGGUGAGCAGUUAGAGUAGAUGCAUCUAAAAUACAUUGUGUUUUGUUGCUUUAUUAUCUUUAAAGAGAGUAACACAGAACAGUUUGCUUCAAAGAAAAUGGUUAAAAAUCUAUUGCAUCAAUAAUCAGGAAUUUUGUUUCAAGAUGGGAGGCAAGUCAGGUGGGCUUUGGAGUUUUUGUAUUUAGGAAAUCCUGGAUUCUUAAUUGUUAGCCACCUUCUAGGCAAGUAAGUCAAUGCAGCCUGUAUGUUUUGUGGGUUUACCAAAAAAUACCCUGUUCUUUCUGUGGGACACACUUCUGCCAGAGGCUAAACCCUCAAAGUAAAACCUAAGAAGGGAACUAAUGAUUCAUUAAAGUAAAUUGAUGGUGGUGUUACCAAUUCCCGUCCCAUACACCUGAGGCAGAACUGUUGCUCACAAAUACCGCAUCCGCCGAAGUAGAUGAAAGUUGGCUUUGGUCACAAUUGCCUAUGAAUGUGGAUUCCAAAAUAAACAUAAAGCCUUAACUUAGAAUUCCAUUGUGUUUUAGAAUCAUCACUGCCUUAAUGUUCCAAGUAUAUAUUUAUUUUCUCCUAGUAAAGGAGAAAUGCAUGUUUACUUAUGGCUCUUUGUAAAUAUAAAUGCAGUGAUCUGCAGCUAUAAAGAAAAUGUGUUUCAGUGACUUUUGUUGAUUCAGCCAAUAGUUACUUACAGAAAAAUGAAGCAUGUAAUAUUCAUGUAUGAGAACUAUUUGCCACCAAAACCUCAGUUAUUUGAAUUGUUCUAAGAUUAUUUGUAAAUGCCGAAAUUCAAUGAUUAAAGAGAAGCUAGAAUUCUACCUUUUUGUGAAUUCUUCAACCUACUCAUAAUGUGACUUAAUGUUGCCUAAACUUUUCAAACUCAUCUUCUGAAAGUCACAAAACAUAAAGCUUGGACCCAGU